GGUUGUAUAAAAGCGCCGCACUUGGGCGGGUGGGAGCAGACUUUUGAAGAGCGAGCUUUUGUGGUGCCCACGCGUGUACGCCUCAUGCCGGCUUCCGCGGGCGCAGGAGGGAAAUGUAACGUCUUCUGCCUUGUGCGACACCUCCCCGUGCGGUCCGAAUGUCUGCGGGAAACCUAGAAAAAAAGUGAGAAGAUGGACGCCAAAGGGGCAACGAGCGAAGCCGUCAGCAUUCUGUCGUGGGAGCAAGUGAGUCGCCUGGAUGAGGUCCUCAGUGAGGUGGUGCCCGUCCACGGCCGCGGCAAUUUCCCCACGCUGGAGGUGCGUCUGAAGGACAUCCUGGCUCGGGUGCGCUCCAGCUUGGCGCUGAGCGGCGUCCGUGUGAAGGACGUGCGCCUGAACGGCUCGACGGCCAGCCACGUGCUGGUGCAGGACCUGGGCUGGAGCUACAAGGACCUGGACGUCAUCUUCAGGGUGGACCUGCCGCACGAGUCGGAGUUCCGGCUCAUCCGUGACGUGGUGCUGGGCACCCUGCUGGACUUCCUUCCCGAGGGCGUCAACAAGGAAAAGAUCACCGCCGUGACUCUGAAGGAGGCCUACGUGCAGAAGCUCGUCAAGGUCAACACGGAGCAAGACCGCUGGAGCCUCAUCUCGCUGUCCAACAACAAUGGCCGCAACGUGGAGCUCAAGUUUGUCGACUCCAUCCGCCGGCAGUUCGAAUUCAGUGUCGAUUCCUUCCAGAUCGUCCUGGACUCCGUUUUGGCCUUCUACGAGGCGGACGAUGCCUCGCCCAUGUCGUCCGAGCGCCACCCGCCAGUGAGCGGCGAGAGCGUGUUCGGCGACUUCGAUGCGGCGCUGGGCCACCUGCGCGACAAGCUCAUCGCCACCAAGAGGCCCGAGGAGAUCCGCGGCGGCGGCCUGCUCAAGUACUGCAACCUUUUGGUGCGUGACUUCCGGCCCGCCAGCGAGGAAGAGUUCAAGGGCCUGGAGCGGUACAUGUGCUCGCGCUUCUUCAUCGACUUCCCCGACAUCGGCGAGCAGCAGCGCAAGGUGGAAGCGUACCUCCAGAGCCACUUUGUGGGCGAGGAGGCCAGCAAGUACGAUUACCUUAUGAUCCUGCGCCGCGUGGUCAACGAAAGCACAGUGUGCCUCAUGGGCCAUGAGCGACGCCAGACUCUGCACCUCAUCUCGCUCAUGGCCUUUCGCGUGCUCGCCGAGCAGAACGCCAUACCUGACGCUUCCUGCGUCACCUGCUACUACCAGCCGGCGCCGUACGUGCGUGACCACAACUUCAGCAACUACUAUGUGGCCAAUCAGAACAUUCCCACAUGGCUGCCGUGCAACUGACAGGAUGGGGGGAGGGGGACGCACGCGACAGGCCGCUGGCCCCUGAUUGUGAGUGGGGGGGGGGGGGGGGGAAAUGAAACGACAGAAGGUCACAGCAUUUUCUAAAUCCAGCGUUUCAAUUUUUGGGAACCCUUUCCCGUUCUCUUCCGAUGUGUCAGUGUGAUAUUUUUAAGUGUUAUUCCCACUUUUCUUUCUUGCUGGAUGACUACCCCCCUGCCCCCCCUUUAAAAGCUUCACGUUAAUAGGAAAUUAAGUGAUUCUGAUGAUGAAGCAUUGAAUUUUGAUUUUUUUUUUUGUUUUUUUUUCUUCUUUCCUUGGAUCAUGAAAAAAAUGUUAAAGGUGGGGGGAAGAAAAAAAAAAUUUAGUGUAAUCAGAUGUUGCUCCAAAAGCGAGAGAGAGGGGGGGGACGCGAUUUAAAAAGUUUGGGUUGUUUGGUUCUGUUAUGUUCCGAGGAGUAAAUUUUCUUUUAAUAUAGUUUUUGACUUGAAAUCUCUUGCUGUACUAAGUAUAUAAAAAAAAAAAAAAAACAGCCAAAGUGCCUGUAAUGUGUGUAUUAAAAAGAAAAAAAAAAAAAAAAAAAAAAACGGCCAAAGUGCCUGUAAUGUGUAUUAAAAAAAAAAGCGGGGUGGCCACAAGUGCCUCUGGGAGGGGCUAACCCGUGAAAGACCGGUCCAGGUACACCUCCAAACAGCUGAUCAUGCCAACUCCCCCUCCCAUUUAUAAUUUUUUUUUUGGGGGUGGGGGGGGCGGAUGAUAACAAUUAUCAGGCACUGUGGUUGAUUUUUGCUGGUGCUUUGGUGUUCCGAGCUGGCCUUUGACGAGGGUCUCUCGAGACAUUUCUACGCUCGUCUUCCUUCAAAGUAGAAGCACGCGGCAAGCCCCUCCAGUCUCCCUGCAACCAGAUCUUGCUUCUAUACUUAUCCUCACUCUGUCUUCCCCGGGGGGGUGGGCCCCCCACCCACUGACCGACCAACCGCACUGUGAACCCCAUGUGUGGUCAUUGGGGGAAAGAUACCAGGUGUGCUUGAUGACGACGUGCUAUUAUUAGCAUUGUAAAGCGGUGUUGGCACCUGCCGUCUGACUUAUUUGGCGCAAGGGGAAGUGAAAUACGCCCCCCCCCCCCCCCCCCCCCCCCCCGAACGGCCCACGGCUACAAUGUGCAACUGGCCCCCACGCGGGCCCCAGCCUUUUCUUGGAAUUGCUUGCCUUUUUCCACACGCUGCCACCUCUGCCCAUGUUUGCACAAGAUAACCAGCAAGCAGCUCUUAUCUGGAGUGGAGGGCGCGGGUGACCUUCUCCGGCUCCCUUGCAUGCCUCUUGUGUCGUGCUUAUUUUUUUUUUAAGGAAACCAACAAUAAGCUGCCCAUUCUAACCCUCUCUGGACCAAAAAAUGCCAACUUUUAAAGUUCAGUUGAAUAAAUAGAAUCAUGAUGCUCGGGAGAGCGAGGUUGUCAUUUGUGUUCGGACCCUUUCAUCAAAGCUUUACCGCUGCGGUCCCCUGUUGGGGGGGAAAUAUUCUGGUUGGUGUUUUUUUCUCUCCAUUAGUUUUGUUUUCCUUCCCAUUCUUUUCCCCCUCCUGUCCUGAAAGAUUCCCCCCAUCCCUUCGCAUCCCCUGAGGGGUCUUUGUCACAUUUAGCCUCUGAGGAAUGUAAAUAAACUAACGAGCAGUUGCUCAGGGAUUGAAGUUCCCCCCCUGCCUUUUUUUUUUUCUUUUUCUUUUCUCCCCCCCCCCCAAUUGAGCGUGAAUUUAGAGCGCCCUCUAGCUAACGCGAGGGACUUCUGCUCUUGGCGGAUUUCUUUGCAGAUCACGCUUGAAGUUUGCGCAAUGCUCAGGCAGCCAUCUCGGGAAAAGCCAUGUGGUGCUCAAAACACUUAUUUAUUGGCAAUCUCUGAACGAUGACUGCUUGUUUUAUGCUGUGCCUUGUCUUGAAAUUUUGGGGGCAAGGGGGUAAACCACAUGGCCCGUGUUUGUGUUUACGCCAGUUGUCUCUGGUGACUGAAGGCGUCUGCCUGUCAGCCCGCCAUCAGGGAUAAAUGAACUCUGCGUGAGAAUGAAGUGCCUUUUUGUUAGUUUUUCUGAGCUCCUUUCUGCUGUAAACUCGUCAGUGUCGAAUGUCGUCGCUUCUGCUGUGCGUUUUCGGUGCGAGGCGCACGGUGGCGCUUCCGAGAAGUCUCGUUUAGCUCGCAAGGCGGUGGUGGCAGCUGGUCAGUGUUCUUAGGCUUUGAAAACAUUCUCAAGAGUUGUAUUUUAUUUUUUUGGCAGCAGGUUUUUGUUGGUGUGUGAGCGCGUGCGUGGGUGAGGGAAUGCUGGUGGGGGUAUAUUUAUAUGAAAUGUGUCACACUUAUUGUUUUUGGAAGAAAGCUUUUUGUCAGCGUAGUAACUAUGACGACCGUUUGAGUCCCCCCGCCCCCAUUUGUAAGCACUUUGACCUCAAUGGACUUUUGGAAAUGUUCACAUGUGGUGGGAAAAUGUGCUUGAAGAGAAAAUGAUGAAUAAAAUAAUACUGAAUGCAA